UGGUGUAGAGCUAACCUGGCCGCCUGCUGGCCGCCAUUUCGUUGAGUGUAAGAGGAUGCAGUUGAUUUUGCUUGUUUUACUUGCUCAGUAAAUUCUCACAAUACAUCUGGCAAGUAAUUCUCACGUCUCGUCAGAAUGACGCAGUUUCUGCCGCCGAAUUUGCUAGCGUUGUUCGCGCCACGUGAUCCGAUUCCGUAUUUGCCACCGGCUAGCAAGCUCCCGCACGAGAAGAAGAACGGCGGCUAUGUCGGCGUGGGAACUUUCCUCAAGUAUUUCGAAGAUCCCAAGGAAACACCACCACCUGUACGUGUAGAGACACGAGAAGAACGUUUAGAACGUAGAAGAAGAGAACGCGCGGAGCAAGUUGCAUAUAAGCUUGAACAAGAAAUUGCAGUAUGGGAUCCAGCUGGAAUUGUCAAUGUGACAGCAGAUCCCUUCAAGACUCUCUUUGUAGCUCGAAUUAAUUAUGAUACCUCAGAAUCAAAACUGAGAAGAGAAUUUGAAGUAUAUGGUCCGGUAAAAAAGAUUGUGGUAAUACAUAAUACAAUUAAUGGCAAGCCUAGGGGAUAUGCUUUCAUUGAAUAUGAACAUGAACGAGAUAUGCAUUCUGCGUAUAAGCAUGCGGAUGGUAAGAAAAUAGAUGGUCGCAGAGUGUUGGUCGAUGUCGAACGGGCAAGAACGGUAAAGGGCUGGCUGCCCCGGCGACUUGGCGGCGGCCUAGGUGGUACUCGAAGAGGUGGUCCUGACGUUAACAUCAAGCAUUCGGGACGGGAGGAUAACGAAAGGGAGCGAGAGCGGUAUCGCUUGGAACGCGAGAGAGAGACCACGGGACGCGGCCUUGACAGAGACAGGGAUCGCGAUCGUCUGGAUAGAGAACGUCGCAGAUCACGCGAUCGCAAACGUAGAAGCAGGAGCAGAUCGCGCGAGCGCAAGCGUAGGCGUAGCCGCGACCGACUGCCGGAUCCCGAUAUCGAGGAAAUCGAACGACCACGCGACAGAAGAGAUCGCGAACGCGACCGUGAUCGGGAUCGCAAAAGGCGGCGUUCACGCAGCAACGAUCGUGAUCGAGAUAGAGAUCGUAAACGAGACAAGCGGGAUAGAGAUCGCGAUCGCAGAGAUAGGAAAGAUCGUGGCGAUCGUCAGGAUGAAGACACAAAAGAGAUUCGAAUUAAAGAAGAGCCUUUGGAUGAUUAUCCGGACUAUAGCAAUACGUUUGCAACGUCGGGCUCAUACUUUACCGCAGUCAAGUACGAGGAUGAUAACGAUCAAGAGGUGGAGGAGAAAUACCGGAUUCCAGAGGGUCGGCCCGACCCGCCUCCGUACAACAAUUACGAUUCGGUACAAGAUUAUUGAUCUCGGUAGUACAUGUUUCCGUCGUGUCCCUUUUUUUUCACGGUAAGCUGUCGCCGCAUUAUUGUCGUGUUGCCUCUACUAUUAGCAUAAUAACGAAUUAGCUCUUUCAGGAGCGAACCAAGUCGAUCGUUAUUCAUCUGUACACGUUAUUUAAAUAAUAUAUUUGUACAAUUGUCCAAAAGACGUUAUUAAUAUCAAAAAAAAAAAUUUAUUGAAUUUAUUUGCAGAAUUUUUA